AUGUCAUCAAAUAAAUACGAUCUUAAAUAUGAAAAGAUUCCUUGGUAUAGAUUAGUUAGUUAUGAUUUAAUAUUAUGGUUAUUAUCAGUUGUUUUUGAUUGUUUUUUUAGAGAAAUUAAACCGAGAGGAGCUUUUAAAAUACCGAGAGAUGGACCAGUUAUAUUUGUUGGAGCUCCUCAUCAUAAUCAAUUUGUUGAUCCAGUUAUAUUAAUGAAUCAAGUUAAAAAAGAAGCAAAUAGAAGAAUAUCAUUUUUAAUAGCUGCUAAAUCAUAUCAAUUAAAGGUAGUUGGAACAUUAGCAAAAUGUCAAUUAUCAAUUCCGGUAAUUAGACCACAAGAUACAUUAACAAAGGGAAAUGGUAAAAUAUUCAUAAAUAUGCAAGAAGAACCAUUGAAAGUUAUUGGAGUAGGCACAAAAUUCACUCAAGAUUGUAUGGUCAAAGGUCUUCUUGCAUUACCUCAAUCACUUGGUGCCUCUGAAAUAACUGAAAUUAUAUCAGAUACUGAAUUAUAUAUUAGAAAAGAAUUUAAAUCAACUGAUCAAAUAAAAACUUUAUUAACUAAAGGUACAAGUUUUAAAAAAGCAGAUAAAAUAGAUCAAAAAAAAGUUUAUAAAAUGGUAUUUGAUCAUUUACUGGAUGGUAAUUGUAUUGGUAUUUUCCCUGAAGGUGGAUCUCAUGAUAGACCAGAUUUAUUACCUUUAAAAGCUGGAGUUGCAGUUAUGGCCCUAGGAGCAAUGGAAAAUAAUCCAAAUUGUAAUGUUAAAAUAGUUCCCUGUGGUAUGAAUUAUUUUAAUGCUCAUAAAUUUAGAUCAAGAGCAGUUGUUGAAUUUGGUGAUCCACUUGAAAUACCAAUAGAAUUAGUUAAAAAAUAUUCAAAUCCCGAGACUAAUAGAGAGGCAGUUAGGGAGUUAUUGGAUCUUAUAACUACUGGGUUAAAAGCAGUGACUGUUACUUGUGAAGAUUAUGAAACUUUAAUGUUAAUUCAAGCUGCUAGACGAUUAUAUGCUGGUAAUUUAGUACAACAAUUACCAUUACCUUUAAUUGUUGAAAUGAAUAGAAGAUUAAUUAUAGGAUAUCAACAUUAUAAAAAUUUACCACAAAUUCAAAAAUUAAAAGAAAAAGUAUUAAACUAUAAUGAAUUUUUAAAGUCAUUAUAUUUACCUGAUCAUGAUGUUGAGAAUUGUAAAGAAUCAGCUAAUAAAAUUGUCAUACUCCCAAUAUUAAUAUUUAGAAUUAUGAAAUUGUUAUGUUUAUGUAUAUUAUCAUUACCUGGAGCUAUAUUAUUUUCACCGGUAUUCUUGGUGUCGAAGGUGAUAGCUAAUAAGAAAGCAAAAAAAGCAUUGGCAAAUUCAGUAGUUAAAAUAGCAGCAAAUGAUGUUAUUGCAACUUGGAAAAUUUUAGUUUCAAUGGUUUGGGCACCUGUAUUAUAUUCAUUUUAUGCAUCAAUUGGGACUUCUUAUUGUUACAGACAUAAUAUAUUAUCAUCUUUCAAAUUAUUAUGGUUAUGGAUAUUAUUAUAUGUCCUUGGUGUUUUGGUAACUUAUAGUGCUUUAAUCUUUGGAGAACAAGGUAUGGAUAUAUUUAAAUCUAUUCGUCCAUUAUAUUUAUCUAUUUUAUCAGGUUCAUCAAUUUGUGAAUUGAAAAAAAUGAGACAUGAAUUAAGUGAAGAAAUAACAGAAGUUGUAAAUACAUUUGGACCAGAAUUGUUUCCUAAAGAUUUCAAUUUAUUAGAAUUAAAAGAUAGGUUGAAAAUUACAGAUUCUAAAGUUAAUUAUGUAGAUAGUGAUGAAGAAGAAGAUAAAAAGACAGAAGAAUUAAGAAAUAGAAGAUUACAAAAUAGGAAAAAGAAAAAAUUAAAACAAGAUGGAGUUCUCGAAAAUGAUAAUAGUUCUUCUGUUUCUGAUGGCUUAAGUUUAUUAAAUUCUGAUAAUUCAUUAACUAACCUCCCAAUGUUUUCAGAUUAUCCAUUAUAUAAAAAUGCAAACAAUCCAGAUUUAAAAUUAGAAUUACAAUCAAAUUUUAAUUCAACUGCAAAUUCAACAGUUUCUAUAGUUGAUGAUUAUAAAUAUGCUUUAAAUCAACCUCAUUUUUCAUCUCCAUUAAGACCAACACAUAUGUCAAAAUCAAAUUCAUCAGAUCAAAUAGAAUUAAAUUUUAGUAAUAAUAAAUCAAAGAAUCUAAAAGAUAGAAUAAAACAAAAAAUGAGAGCAAAUAGAAAUUCAGACAAUUAA